ACUCAUCCCGAUACCUGCAGCAACCACCACCGCCAUCUGUGACACCGACUGUCCUGGUCUCGGCAUCCAACCAGCCUUGACCAAGCUAGGCCAAGCCCACUCUGCACUUGGCUGUGGCUGAGCGGCACACGUAUCCUUGCCCUCUCCAGCUUAUAUCGUCAUCACACGCCGUCACACCAGCCCGCAACCUCGCCUUCUGCUCCACCUCUCUGUCCUCCUGCUCCCGCCCAUCCCUCGACACCAUUAGCUCCGUGCUUGAUUCGACAAUGUAUCUGCACCCUAGACAAUACUACUGGGACGGCGACAACGAGUGCUAUUACGACAGAUACGGAAACAGGCGCUGCACCAACUCAGCAUGGAAUAACUGGGUCCGAUGGGUCGUCCUCGUCGUUGUCGUCGUUGGCUUCCUGCUCCUCUUCGUACUAUGCUCUUGCUUGACAGCACGUCGCCGUCGCAAGGCAGGCCGCAAGCCCUUCUACGGCACUGGCUGGGCCGCUCGUCCUGGUCUGUACAACAACCAGCAGCAACAGCAGCCGCCAAACCAGUACUCGGCCCAGCCCUACUACAGCAAUGGCAACAACAAUCAGGGCGCUCCACCAUCAUAUGAAGCUCACAACAACGGCUACUAUGGCAAUGGUGCCAACCAGGGCUACUACGGUCAACAGAGUGGCGUCGAACUCCAGCCACCCCAGCCCGCUUAUUCUGGUGGAUACGCGCCCCCACCAGGCCCACCACCCGCAAAGGCCUAAAAACCAUACUUCCAUGGCCACGACUGAAUCCACGCCGAGACGUCACAACAGUUUACACAUGAUUCUCCUUUUCUCUUGCACUUUUUUUACUGUUUUGUUUUUUGAAAUACUUGGAUGGCGUUUCAUCAGGUUCGGAAACAAACGAAACACGAAACACACACACACACACACAUACGCACUCACAUACGCACUCACGUACAAAACUGAUCAAAUUGGGCGUCGUCGGCGACACUGAAGUUGGGAACACUAAGGUCGGGGGUUUGGAAACAUGUCCUUUUUUUUCUCUCUUUUCGUUCACGUGGAAUAGCGCUCGAUACCUCUUUUUUUUAUUUUUGUAAUGUCUUUUUUUUUCUUUGGGUGGUCACUCUCUCUGUCCUUUCUUGUUUCUCACAGUUACCAACAUGCAUAGGAUAUCCGUUUGUGCAUUCAGUGAAUCAAGUCAAUUUAACUUGUACAAACUUGCA